AACUCUAUAAUCUUUCCAGUCCUCCCAUAUACACGUUUUUAUAAAAACUUAUAAAACCAAUAAUACAACUUUAACAAUGGAUAUGGCGAUGCGAAUGGUGACCGAGUGGCCAGUGGUGAUAUUCAGUAGGAGUGCGUGUUGCAUUUGUCACUCGAUAAGGACACUUUUUUUGGAGCUCGGAGUAAACCCUGUGGUUUACGAGCUAGAUCAGAUCGUGAAAGGUCACGAAAUCGAGCAAAGCCUUUUGAGACGGGGGCGAAACCCGCCUGCUGUGUUCAUAGGAGGUGAAUAUGUUGGUGGGGCUAGUAAGAUUAUUAGCCUUCACCUUGAGCAGUCUCUACAACCUAUGCUUGUUAAUGCAGGAGCCCUAUUGCAGGAACCAGCUGUUAACUAGUCUACUUUUGAACACCACACAUAUAUACACACACAUAUACAUGUUGCCACUUAAUAAUAAAUGGCUAUCUUUGUUUUAAUUUGAGCUAGUUUGGUUCAUCAAGAAUCAAAGGCUUGAGUGGCCGGUAGUAUCAUGAUAGGGUGGCAAAAUGGGUGUGUUGGGCAGGUUUGGGUAAUAGGUUAGUAUAGGUAUGAGUUAGGAUAUGUUUAUUAAGAAAUGAGUUAGGAUGUGUUUUUGUCAAGAUGGAUUUGGGCAUGAUAGGCUAAAAAUAUAAAUAAAUAAAAAAAUAAGAAAACUUUUAAAAAAUAAAAAAAAAAUUUUAAAAAUAAUAAAAAUAAAAAAAAUUAAAAAUUGUAAAACAAUAAAAAAAACAUCUACACCAAAACAAGUCCGUCAGUUUCAGAUUUAAACGAACCAGUUACUCGAGUACCAGGGUUCGGAACACUCCAUUAGUGCCUCUAGGUAUGAUUUCAUUGCUGCAACCACUUGUUCACUUCAUCCAAAUGCUCCAUUCACUAACCAUAAAUGUCUGCCACCCCUAGAAUACUCAUUUUCCAACAUGAAAAAGGCUAAAACAGAGAGUAACAAAGUAAUAUAAAAAAAAGUAGGAUCAGGAUAGCAUCUAGCCCUAUAGUACAACAACAAAGGAAACACAAAAGCAUAGUUCAAAAGUCAAAACCAAUUACAGCAGAAUGGGAUAGACUAAAA